AUGCCUCCGCCAACUGCCGAUUCUUCGCCCUCGCCAACCGCGGAGAAUACUACGCACAAGACCUCGUCGCCAUCCCUUCAUGCUUUGGCAAACGGCCACCACCACUCAUCCGACAUUGUCAUGAGCGACAACACAUCUCCUCACGCCAACGGCAACGAGGGUGAGACCCGCUCCGAUGACGACCAGGACAACAAGGGCAGCGGAAACAAAGAUGCGAUCAACUCUGCAGACAGUCGCCCAUCCAAAGAGCCACGCAAGAUCAAGCUCGUCUUUAGGACCCCAGUUCUGAAGCUCGCCGCUGAUGCUUCUGCGUCAGUCGUUGCCGAGUCUGUGUCGGGUAUGCAGACUCGCGAAGCCAUCGCGACUCCGACAGACGCGGCAUCGGCUGAGGAGGUAGAUCCUGGCGCACUCGCAGUAACCGCAGGCCCUGAUGAACCCUGGGCCGAGACUGCCGCCGAUGCUCUGGCCCCCAGCGCCGAUCACACUCCACCGAGGCCACCCAACACCAGGUCCCAAACUCCUCCUGGCACCACCAAUGUUGAGACCAACGACAUCGCUGGCGCUGUCGUUGCGUCCAAUCCCAAUUCCACCACCGAGUCCGUCGGCGACGCCGCUAUUGAGCAAGCAACCUCUUCUACCGCCGACGUUCAACAACCCAUCACUACAACCCAGAGCGCUUCUCCUACCACCCAAACACCAGCUGCCCUCUCUGCUGAGCCCACCCCCAUUCCCACCACCGACACCGCCGACGCUGCUUCUGUUGAGCCCACCCCUACCCCCACUGUCGAAGUCCCUGCCGCCGCCGUCACGGUCCCCUCCACUUCCUCCGCCGACAACACGCCCACCGGUGUCGUAAACGACGUCACCGCCGUCGACACGGCCGUCGCGACAGAAGCCUCCAUACUCGUUCCUGACGACAAGCCCAAACGUCCACCGAGAAAGAAGCGCAGGCGUGCCCUCCGUCGCGGAGAGGUAGACCCGGACGACCUUGAGGCCGUCGCUGCGCAAAAAGCCCGCCAUGAACAGAUCGACCUCGCGCUUGCGUCGCUCAAGGAGCAAGAACAACAAGUCCUCAACGACACACACCCAAAGCUCCUCACACUCUGGAGCGAUCUGGAAGAGCGUUUCAAUCGGAUCAUCGGGUACCGCGACGCACAGUACGAGGCGCAACAAGCAGAGCUCAAGAAGACUUUUGACCUUGAGCAGCAACAGAACCAGUUCCAGUUUUACGCGGACCGCGAGGACAUCUCGCUCCAGAUGACCUUUGAGAUUGCUAGGAAAAAGGCACGCCUCGCGGCAGAGAAGGUCUACCACGACAUGAACGACGGGCGUCCAAGCAACAAGCGCAUGUUCACCAACAUGCCCAUGUUGGGCGAGGGUCGCGGUUGUGGAGGAUGGUACCGCCAUCCCACUUCCCUUUUGUCCGACCAGUCAGAGGACACUGCGUAUGUCGUCAAGGACGCCAUCGUCCGCAAGCGUCGCCGUAUCGACUUGGGUCCUGAGGGCGCGACGGCCACCGAGGCCAUCGACGACCUCAUUGAGCUCGGCUUGCGUGAGCCCGAGCCCGAGCCCGAGCCGUCUCCCGAGCCAGAGUCUGAGGACGAUGACGAGAUUAUGGUGGACGAGCCGGCCCUGAUGCUCGAGUUCUCGCCGCCUUCACCAGAACCCGCUCCAAUUCCGUCUCGUCUGCCGCCUCCUCCACACGCCCGGGUGACUCCGUCUCCUGCGAUUCCUUCCCCGGUCGAUCUGCGCCGUAGCCCGCCUCUACGGAUAGCUCAUUCUCAGUCGCCUUCGGCGCCGUUCAACCUUCCUCCCCCACCCAUGAUGGCAGGGCGGCCCUUAGGCCCACCCCAAGCUGCUGGACCUCCGUCACGCUUUGCGCAGCCUCCUCCCGGAGAUCGGCGAUGGGAUGAGUUUGAGCGCCGAACAUCACGUACAGAGGAACAGCCUUUGCCCCUUCGCGACGACCCUCUGUUACACCGCGACCUCCGCGAGGCCCGCGAUCUUCGCGAUCCUCGUGACGCUCGCGACCCCCGCGAACCCCGCGAACUCCGUGACCCUCGUGACCCCCGGACUCGUGACCCGCGUGACCCCCGCGACCUCCGCGGUCCAUCUGAGCAGCCGCUUGUGCGCCACCACGAAGAGCCGCUUGAUCAACGAGGGCCGUACCGUGACAACCGUACGUGGUUCCACCGCCCAACUCCGAGCUUCAACGCACCUCCUCCGCCUGCACCUCCGCCGCCUUCACAAGGUGCCCCGCCGGGAUACUACCGCAACGGUUGGCACGAGAACGCGUACCAGCGUCCGCCGGCUGCGCCCAUGCCGCCCAUGCGGCCUCCUCAGACUGCGACUGCCACAGGUCCACCCCCUCCACCUCAGCCUCCCACGGCGACGAUUAGUGGAGACGGCCACUGGGCAAGGAACGAAUGGAACCGGCGCGAGCAGUAUUACAGCCGUCCACCACGCACGGCGGUUUGGGGCGAGCACCCAGGACCGAGCGCGCCUGCUGGGUAUGCGACUGGGCGACCUUGA